CCUUUCUGUGACGUCGGUUUGGGGCACUUCCUGGCUUGUUCCUCGGACUGAACCGAAACCAAACGCCCCAAUUCAGCAUGCAUUUCUCCAGGUUUGGGAUUUACAUAAAAAGGAAGAAGCGAGGCUGCUAUCAAGCCUAGACGUGUUUUCUUCUGUCGAGUCUAACCCACCUUCUCCUGUGCCAUCAUGCUGUGUUGGGGCAAUGCAAGAGAUGGACAGUUAGGUAAUGGUGUGGAGAAGAAUCCAGUCUAUGAGCCAAAAAGCUGUUCAGUGUUCUCUGGGAGGGGACUGAAGGAGAUCGCUUGCGGAGGAGAGCAUUCAGUGUUUUUGCUUCAGGAUGGGAGUGUCUACACAUGUGGCUCCAACAGCUGUGGGCAGUUGGGCCACGACAAACCAGGGACUUCCCCAGAAUUAGUUGGGGCGUUGGAUACUCAGAAAAUAACAAACAUCUGCUGUGGCCGGGCCCACUCUCUGGCAGUCAGCGAGCAGGGGCAGGUGUUCGCGUGGGGUGCAGGAGAUGGAGGGCAGCUCGGUCUGGGCACCACAGAGACGACUGUACGAAUACCCAGAUUGGUGAAGCGGCUCUGUGAUCAUCGUAUCUCACAAGUUACGUGUGGGAACCAGCACUGCAUUGCACUUUCAAGAGAUGGUCAGCUCUUCACGUGGGGUCAGAACACGAGUGGUCAGCUCGGUUUGGGAAAAGGAGAGCCCAGCAAACUGUUACCCCAACCUCUGAAGUCUUUAGCGGGAAUUCCUCUGGCGCAGAUAACGGCUGGAGGCGACCACAGCUUUGCCCUCUCUCUGUCUGGAGGGGUGUUUGGAUGGGGCAAGAACAGGGCUGGACAGCUGGGGCUAAAUGAUAAACAAGAUCGUGCCGUCCCUUGUCACAUUAAAUUCUUGCGAUCUCAGAAAGUUGUUUACAUCAGCUGUGGAGAGGAACACACUGCGGCUCUUACAAAGGACGGUGGCUUGUUUACAUUUGGGGAUGGAUCCUGGGGUCAGCUGGGUCACGGGUCGACCAAUAACGAGCUUCAGCCCAGACGAGUGCUGGAGCUCAUGGGCACUGAGGUGUCCCAGAUCGCCUGUGGCAGGUACCACACUCUGGCGUUUGUGCCUUCUUCUGGUUUGGUUUAUGCUUUUGGCUGUAACAACUUCGGCCAGCUGGGAACGGGGAUGUGGGGAAAUUCCAAAAGCCCAUGUUCCGUCAGGAUUCCUUUCGUGGGAUGUUUUCAGAAAGGAGGAUCAAAACAGUACACAGUAACAAAAAUCAUCUGUGGAGGAGACCAUAGCUUUUUGUUGUUCUCAUAUGAUCAGACUGCAGUCGCCCCAGAAGAUUUCAGAGUGAACAGCAUCAGUAAAAGCCUUUCUCCAAUCAACUAUGAGCGCUGUAACUCCUGGAGGCUGCGGCUCAUGUACAACACAGAGUCCAGUGUCACAGAGGACAUUAUCAAUCAGCUCUCAUCCACGGCCUGUUGGAAUGGAAGCUUCUUGGACCAAAGCGACGAUGCACAUUUUAAAACCAACCCCAAGAUCCCAGGAAUCGAUAUCCACUCGGUCCGGGCCCUGUUUGAGGCGCUCAGUCAGCCAGCUUUCUCUGCACUCUUAGAGCAGGCCACCAAAAGUUUUGAGAGCUUGUUGAUCCCUCAGCUGCCCAGUUCGCCGCCCGAUGUCGAAGCCAUGAGGAUCUACCUCAUUUUGUCCGAGUGUCCACUAAUGCACGACUCCAAGAACUUCAUCCGACUCACGAUUCCCUUUGCCAUUGCUAUUCUGCGGCUGGACACAAACCCAAGCAAAGUAUUAGAUAACUGGUGGUGUUUUGUGGAGGGCAGUGUCUUCAGGAGAAUGGUGGACAUGUACAAGCGGAUUGUAGUUUUCAUGCUUACGCUCGGAAAGUCUGUGGUGGUGCCUGUGUUUUAUGAGAACUAUUUCCUGGCUACACUGAGACUCCUUGAAAAACUUCACAAGGUAAACUUAAAGGCCAAGCACGUAGACUACAACAGCUUUUACAUCCCUGACAUUACCAACCUGGUGGACAUCCAGGAAGACUACCUCAAGUGGUUUUUAAGUCGAGCCGACAUUAAAACUGGGUCAUCUCCUUCCAAGAAUGACUUAACCUCAGUGAACCUUUGUGCCUACCCAUUUAUACUGAAUGCUCAAGCCAAGACAACCAUGCUGCAGACUGACGCCGAGCUGCAAAUGCAGAUGGCCGUCAGUGGUGCAAACCUACACAAUGUCUUUAUGCUGCUCACACUGGAACCCCACUUGGCAAGGAACCCUUAUCUGGUGCUGCACGUUCGCAGGGACCAUUUAGUGAGCGACACACUGCGCGAAGUCUCCAUGUACUCAGAUGUCGACCUCAAGAAACCCCUCAAGGUGAUCUUCGAUGGAGAGGAGGCCGUAGACGCCGGUGGAGUCACUAAGGAGUUCUUCCUGCUGUUGUUGAAGGAGCUGAUGGAUCCGGUCUAUGGCAUGUUCACGCAUUAUAAAGACUCCAACCUGCUCUGGUUUUCAGACAAAUGUUUUGUAGAGUCAAAUUGGUUCCACCUGAUCGGGAUCAUCUGUGGACUGGCCAUCUACAACUCCACUGUGGUCGACCUGCACUUUCCCCUGGCGCUGUACAAGAAGCUGCUCAAAUUCUCUCCUUCGCUGGAGGAUUUCAGAGAGCUGUCCCCCACCGAGGCCAGGAGUCUUCAGCAGCUUUUGGACUACGACGGCAAUGACGUAGAGGAGACGUUUUUACUCAACUUUUCUAUCACUCGGGAGAACUACGGGAUGACUGAGGUGAAGGAGCUGGUCCCAGGCGGCGAAAGCAUCAACGUGGACAAAAACAACAGGAAGGAGUUCGUGGAUGCAUAUUUGCGCUACGUGUUCUGCGACUCUGUGAGCGAGCAGUACGAGGCCUUCUCCACCGGCUUCCUCAAAGUGUGCGGGGGAGAGAUCUUAUGGUUAUUCCAGCCCUCGGAGCUCAUGGCCAUGGUGGUGGGAAACAGCAACUACAACUGGGAGGAGAUGGAGAAGAAUGCUGAGUACAAAGGGGAAUACUCUGCCACACACCCGACCGUCCGGCUGUUCUGGGAAGUCUUCCAUGAAUUUCCUCUGGAGAAAAAGAAGCAGUUCUUGUUGUUCCUGACCGGCAGCGACCGCAUCCCCAUCCACGGCAUGGAGAGUCUAAAAAUCGUGAUUCAGUCGACGACGGCGGAGGAGCACUAUCUGCCCGUGGCCCACACCUGCUACAACCUGCUGGACAUGCCCCGAUAUCAGACCAAAGAGACCCUGAAACAGCGCCUCACCCAGGCCGUGGAGCAGUAUGAGGGCUUCAGUCUGGUCUGAACGCAGGAGGCUCCAGCUGCACUGCUUCAAUGCACUUUUAAAGGGCCCAUAUUAAGCUAUUUUCAGAUCUGUGUUACAAUGUUCUUUCCUCAUCAAAAACAAACCUGGAGUUGUGUUUUGGUUUGUUUCAUUCACACACAAAUCCUGCAUAUUUACACUCGAGUUCUCAAACAGAAAACUCACUGUUCUACCUUGUGAUUUCACGUGGUACAAUAUUCCCUGAAGUUGUAACGCUUAUCGGACGCGCUGCUCUGUCUGGAGCUCUGUUACUCAAGUUAGACUUUAAUCUGAGUUUUGCUUUAACACAAUCCAACCAAAAAGAACUAACAUGGCUGCAAAUACAACACGUGAAACCUAUUUGGCAGUGUUUGCGAAUAUGCACAUUGUAGGGCUGGGUAUCGUUCAGAAGUUGCCGAUUCGAUACACAGGCCACGAUACGAUACAUAUCUCCAUUCGAUACGAUAUAUUUCAAAUCGAUUCAAUACGGUUCAGUAAAAAAUAAAGGCUAAAUCAUGUCUGCGAUACUAAAAUUCUUUUUAAACCACUUUUUGCACAAAAUUUAUAUGAAACACAAACAUUUUAGUCAACAAAACAGAGUAGAUGUCAAAUGUGUCGCAUAAACGAGUUUCCUUCUUCUAAAAACGUGACAAAACUGUAGCUGUAACAAAAUAAUUUAGUAAAAUAUAUAAAAAAAUACUCUUGGUGAUAUAUCGAUACAGCAGCCCACGAUAUCGAUACUGUAUCAUCAAAUUAAGCGAUAAGAUAAUCGAUAUUUCAGUAUUUUUGCACACUCCUAGUACAUUGUGUCACUAUAUUAAUUGCUGAAAAUUACGCUGUAGACAUACAUGUAGAACCUCCCAUUGCAAUGUCAUUGCGAAGUAUCAAUCGAGUAAUGGUAAUACAGAAAGUGCUCCGUUGUGUUUUUAAACUCCACACACCUUCACUGUAAUCGUUUGGAUAAAUUCAGACCUUGGAAUUGCAAAUCUCUUCUGAACUGUUGAUUGGAAAACCACCACUUCAUGACAUCACAAGGUGGAACAGAGCAUUUUGAGCUUUGCGGAUGCAGACAAACUAAUAAACCAGGGUUGUUUAUACGUGUGAAUGAAACUAAACAUGACUCCGGGUUUGUUUUUGAGGAGAUAACAACAUUCUAACGCGUCUUAUUGCUCACAAGAGUCCAUUUUGUGUAAUAUAGGACCUUUAACGCAACAGCCGUACGUAUGAAAAUGUUUUACCGCUUGUGGGGCACUUUCUUAUUAUAGGCCAGGACCAGGGUAUGUAUAGGCCAACCAUUUGAAUAGUUGUUUGAACAAUAUUUUAAACUAGAAUAAUCCCAGAUGCUGUCAGUUAGUGUUGCAUGGCAUAAUAUGGAUCCUACAAUCUGAGUUGGGAAACAAGACUUGAAGUGGACUUUUACAUUUAAUUCCAGAUUUUAAUAUUUUCUAUUCAACUUAAAUCAUAUUUUUAUCUUUAAGAGUUGUUAUCUUGAUAUAUUUUGUUCUUUUGUUGUUCAUGAACUUAAAUUUAUGUAAUGAGGGGUUAUUUUAACGAUUCAUUCCUUUCUGUAGAAUCAUUUUUUCAGACCAAGGUUUAGUUUGUUUUUAUGUUAUUGACAGAGAAAUGAUUUCUACAUGAGAUCACUGCUGCCUUAAAUUAUAUCCAUCCUACUGUUAAGUGUCUUAUUGUUUAGUCCUGGUUUAGUCCUGGUUUAGACAUGGUUUAGACAUGGUUCAGUCCUGGUUUAGACCUGGUUUAGUCCUGGUUUAGACGUGGUUUAGACGUGGUUUAGACCUGGUUUAGUCCUGGUUUAGUCCUGGUUUAGACGUGGUUUAGACCUGGUUUAGUCCUGGUUUAGUCCUGGUUUAGACGUGGUUUAGACCUGGUUUAGACCUGGUUUAGACCUGGUUUUGUCCUGGUUUAGUCCUGGUUUAGACAUGGUUUAGACCUGGUUUAGUCCUGGUUUAGACCUGGUUUAGACCUGGUUUAGAUCUGGUUUAGAUCUGGUUUAGACGUGGUUUAGACCUGGUUUAGACCUGGUUUAGACGUGGUUUAGACCUGGUUUAGACCUGGUUUAGUCCUGGUUUAGACGUGGUUUAGACCUGGUUUAGACCUGGUUUAGUCCUGGUUUAGACGUGGUUUAGACGUGGUUUAGACCUGGUUUAGACCUGGUUUAGUCCUGGUUUAGUCCUGGUUUAGACCUGGUUUAGACCUGGUUUAGACCUGGUUUAGUCCUGGUUUAGACGUGGUUUAGACCUGGUUUAGUCCUGGUUUAGUCCUGGUUUAGACCUGGUUUAGACCUGGUUUAGUCCUGGUUUAGUUCUGGUUUAGACCUGGUUUAGACCUGGUUUAGACCUGGCUUAGACCUGGCUUAGACCUGGUUUAGAUCUGGUUUAGCUCAAAAUGUGAAAACAGGAAAAUACCACCGUUUAAUCCAUUUAUUUCAACAAAGUAACUGUAAUCCGAUUACCUCCAUUGAAACAGUAACUGUAACUGAAUACAGUUACUCAUAAUUUGUAGUAAUUCAUUUUAAUUUUAACUAAUUGGAAGGGGGUGGAGAGCUACUGGUGGCUCCUGAGUCUUUCCAACUGAGCUACUGUUUCCCAGGUGUGUGACAGUAAAAAGGCCCCGUCGUCCUGGUUUAAAGGCGACGCUGUCCUGAAGACUCCAAAACCGGUUUAAAUCCACUGACCAGACACAUCACGGAAACAUCACGUGACCAGUCUGAGCAGCCGAAACUUUAUGUAUGUAGGUAUGAAAACAAACUAAACCUUGGUCUGAAAAAAAGAAUCCCUUAAAAUAAACCAUCGGAAGACGAGAUUGGACCGCUCCGUGAUUGUUUCCUGGACUUUGCGUCACCAUUUUGCAUUUUUGGAUCCUUCAAACCAGCAUGUCCUUCUCUGCCCGACUUCAAAAAAGACCACUGAACAUUUGCUGUAAGGGGAAAGGACGGUCUCAGCUGCAUCCGAGUUUAGAUCGACAGCGUUGCCUUCUAUUAUACGGACACCCAACCUGGAGUUUUAAGUGAAUAUUGUCUGUGUGCAUGUGUGCAAGCAACGGUAACUAUCCAUCCUAGAAUCAAAACCUGUGGCUAGUGUAAUAUUUAAAAUCCCGACGGAGGCGAUGUCUGAGUGUUUGAAGACGUUUUCUCAUUAACAAGUGCUUAUAUUUACACAAGGGGAGCAUAGAAUGUAUAGAUAAAUGGACGAAGCUGAGGACGUGAGUACGGGCGCGCUUCCGGCUCCAUAGGCUCUGGCUCCGAUUCACUUUGUAUUGAAAAACUGUCACCCUUUUUCUCGUUGUUUCGGGUUUAAAAUGUUCAUGUUAAGUAAUCCAUGUAUCAUCCGUUCAUUCAUUUUACAAUAUAAAAACAAAAAUAAGAAAAUUAAAAAACAACAGUUUUCUUCAUUAUUUGUCUCCAAAACCAAAAUGAAAAAGCGGAUAAUGAUUCGUUUUUUCAGUUUUCGAUUUUGUGUUAAAAUGAAGAAUGGAAAAAAUGGAUAACAGCCGUUUCCCGUUUACGUGACUUCUGUGACUGCGAUGCCGGACUUUUGCACCGCAUACGGACUGAACCAGGAGUGAUCCAAGUCCAGGACCAGACUCCGAGCUUUGACUCUGAGCCUCCGCGGGGUCCGAGCCUCAGCUUCGAGCUCCGAGCCUCUGGUCCCGCCUGAUCUCGGUCUCAGGCCCGCUCUGGUCCUGGUCUUGUCCCGGGCUGGUCCCGCUCUGGUCUCAGUCUCGGUAUGGUCCCGGUCUCAGUUCUGAUCUCAGUCUUGGUCUGGUCCCGGUCAGGUUCCAGUCUGGUCUCAGUCUCAGUCUGGUCCCGGUCUGGUCUCGAUCUCAGUCCCGGUCUGGUCUUGCUCUGAUCCCGGACCUGGAUCAGUCCUGGUUCAGUCCGUAUGUGGUACAAAACUCUGGCAUCGCAGUCACGUAAACAGGAAACAGCCGUUAUCCGUUUUUUCCAUUCUUCAUUUAAACACAGAAUCCAAAACUGAAAAAACGAAUCAUUAUCUUUUUUUUUCAUUUUGGUUUUGGAGACGAAUAAUGAAGAAAACUGUUGUUUUUCCGUUUUAUUAUUUUUGGUUUUAUAUUGAAAAAACGAAUGAACAAAUGAUACAUGGAUUCUAAGUCGCUCUUGUGUUUUUAUUUCGCUGUUUUGUCCGAUCUGAACACUAAAGGUGCUUUGCGUAACUUUUCUAGAGGGUCUGCAUCCUGUUUGUUUCCAUGGAGAUGUUUAAAUUGUCCACAGUACGGCAUUAAACUAAUCUGUCGUGGGUUUAUUCAAUUACAGGUGUUAUUUAUUGCUCAAAAAUAUCUAAAAAAAACAUCCAUUCUUACUCCACAAAUCUAACCCGUGAUUUGGCUUGCAAGUCUCCGUGGAGAUUCUUAAGUUUAUGGCCGCACUGUGGAACAUUUUAAGCGUAUCUCCAUGGAGACGAGCAGGUGAUGGACCCUCCAGUAGACAAGUCACACAGUGUAUCUUUAACAGCAGAUAAACAUAAACAUAAAACGACCUACAACAAAUAUAAAACAACAAAACUGCCCACUCUUUUCCUCCAAACACACACACACACAGAUUUAAUUAAAUAAAACAUAAGCCACACUGCCAGGCCCCCUUAUAUUUAUAUUUUGGCCAAUUUACAAUUUAAUUUCCCUUUCUUUCUCGCUCUUUUUUCCCCAUUUUUUAAUAAACAUUUUCAUCACUCUUCUCAACUAAUAUUCUUUUCACCGUCAUCAUUUCUUCUCAUCAUCUUUUACUUUUUACUACAGUCUUAAAGCUUAAUUUUAAAGGCAUUUUCUUUUUUCUUCUCCAUUUCUUUCGUUUCCCAGCCACAGUUUUCUUUGUUUGUUUGAAGACGUUGCGAAUCGCCCGCAUCGCUGGUUUGGUUUCGCAACGCUGUCAGUCAAACCUGUGGCGUUACCUUCAACAGCCAACAACCUCGCUUCAGAUCGGCUCUUCAGUUGCCACGAAACUCACGCUCAGAAUCCCAAAUACAGGGGCGAAUUCGGAGCCGAGUUCCAUACAGGGUUCCCACGGUCAUGGAAAUCUACAAAAAGUCAUGGAAUUUUAGUAUCUCUUUCACGCAACUACAGCGUUCUGUUAAGUUCUCAUUAGGCUGUUAUGAUUAUUUCUGAACGUGUGCGCAUUUUUGUUUAAAAGAGACGACAAUAAAUGCACUGACAGUAUUUUGAAUGUUAAAAAACUAUAAUCCCAAACCAUAAAGUGAGUGGAAAGAGUUAAUGUUUCAUAUUUUGCCCUAAAAGUCUGAUCAAUUCUACAAAAUUCUAUGUACGGUCAUGGAAAAUUCACGGAAAAGUUUUGAAAUUUUGUCAGUGAAAAAGAGUUGGGAGCCUUGUCCAUAACCAGGAGCCUCGAUGAGCUUCACUUGACUGGAGCUGAGCGCUAUUUUCGGUUCUCUAAGGCUACGUUCAGACUGCAGGGCUUAAUGCUCAAUUCGGAUUUUUUUGUGAAAUCCGAUGUUUUUGCGAGGUCGUUCACAUUUCCAAUUAAAUGCGACUUGUAUGUGACUCCAGUGUGAACAUUAAACGGCCCGAAAGUGUCCCGCAUGUGCACUGGAGACACGACGACGUGAACCGCAGCGAGCGUGCUCUGUGUUUACGGAAGUUGUCCAAACAUGGACGCGAGCAUUGAGCACCUGGAGAUUUUAAAGUUCCUCUCGUACCAGGAGCCAGAACAUGAACAACUUACUUGUUUUAAGGAGGAGAUUGAGAAGGAGAAGGACGAGGUUUUUGGUCAUGGUGUUUUGUGGGACAGCGGCAGCGACGUCCGUUGAAAAGAACGUGUGGAUGUGGAGACGUAGUCAAGAGUAGUGAGUGGUGAUGUGCUUCUCUUCAGUGACACGGAGUUCAUUAACAAUUUUCGCCUACUUCAGCGCAGAAUAGUGACGUUUUUGGCUUGUUGAUAACGUGUAGGUGAAUGAAUGCGCUUUGGCCGUUCAGACUGAAGUCACAUGUCAAAAGAUCGGAUAUGUAUCGGUUUCACUUGGAUAUGUGGUCCUAAAACUCAUACAUAUCCGAUCUUUUGACAUGUGACUUCAGUCUGUCCAAGGCACAUUCAUCCGACCUACACGUCAUCAACAAGCGACAAAUGUACGCAAACUUUCUUCUCGUCAUACGAAAAUUGUUAAUGAACUCCAUGUCACUGAAGCAAAGCACAUCGCUAUCCCACCAGUCUUGGCUACGUCUUCACACCCACACGUUCCUUUCAAUGGACUGCCCCACAAAAUGCCACCGCCAAAAACCUCGUCCUUCUCAAUCUCCUCGUUAAAACCAGUAAGUUGUUCAUGUUCUGGCUCCGGUACGAGAGGAACUUUAAAAUCGCCAGGUGUUCAAUGCUCACAUCACUUUUGGGCCGUUUAAUGUUCACACUGGAGUCACAUACAAGUCGCAUUUAAUUGGAAAUGUGAACGACCUCGCAAAAACAUCGGAUUUCACAAAAAAAUCCGAAUUGAGCGUUAAGCCCUGCAGUCUGAACGUAGCCUUCGUCCACUCGUUUAUACAGUCUAUGAUGGGGACGGAGGAUCUUUACGCUGUUCGUAUUGAAACCCUCGAUCUGUAUUUAUUCCAAAAUGCUGAAAGUAACGUUCAUCGAUGUGAAAUGUGUUGAUUGUGUGAAAAUCUCUCAAAUAUAAACCUGAUAUAUUUUUGUAUUACAUUUACAGUGCUCAUUUCUACAGCAAUAAGCCCGGUGAUUGUGCGUUCAGACUGGGCUGUUCUGGGACUAACACUGGAUUCUUCAUUAUAUGCAUGUACUCGACCGCUCUUUGUUCAUUCAUGCUGGUUUCUUCUGCAGACUUUAGUCCUAUGCAAUGGUUUGUUGAACCUUUUUGCACCUUUUAUGUUACAGAAAUGUGUUAUAUCUAUCGGAUCAAAAAAAUGUUCAGCCAACUUUCCAAUAAAACGAGUGUGCAAGCUCAGACCUGUAUAA